AUGGUAGCUACAGCAGGGAGCGGGGUGCUUGUCCAGCGCCCUGGAGACGUAGUCUGCCUCAACAACCUCGUAUUUCACGCUGUAUUACUGGUGUACAAGAAGAAUACGAAGCCAGCAGACAAGUGGGGCGGGAUAUUUGGGGACGUGAUCGUGCCGUGGGAGCCGCUGCUAUCAGCUUACAGCGUGAUGGAGUGUGGGGACUACGAUCCGGCCAAGUUUGAAGAAACGAAGAAGAAUUUCAUGGAGACACUGGUGUUGCCGAACAAGUCGGGGAAGGCGCGAAUUGGCGCCAGUGCAAAGCGUGAUAAAAAGCAGUGUAGAGACGAACAGAUGAAGGCGGUUCGUGCAGCUAAGCGUGGAAAUUUAGAUGAAUCGGGCCAGUAA